AAAGUGCCUGAUACUGACGCGGAGGUGGAAUAUCGUCGGUUUGCAGCAUAUGUUCAGAAUGUUGAAAAAAUUCGGGAGCACAAUGAGCGCUAUAAGCGUGGUGAAGAAAGUUUUGAGAUGGCUAUCAAUCAGUUCACUGAUAUGGUACUUUCAUUUUAAAUCAUUGAUCAGCGAAGAUCGGAUUUCAAGCUACUAA